GUCCCAACCUUCCCGCCCGCCCCCUCUAGGGGGCUCUGCUCCCACCGGUCCAACCUCCCAGUUAUCUGCGGCCCUUGACUUCCCGCCCGCGCCCUCUCGGGGACACUGCGCCUCCUCAGGUGCGCCCUUCCAAACUCCCUACCCGUUCGCUCCGUGUCCCCACCUCACACCAUAUAACCCCUCUCCAUCUUCCUUGGGUCCUUGCCCCUUGACCUAGUGCCCCUGUCUCUGUCUUCCCACCUGACCCCUGGUGGCCGUCUGUUCCCACCGACGACGCCCAUCCAGCCUCCGCUCCUCCAGGUCCCUCACCCAGGCGUCCCGCCCACCCUACCUCGUCCUCGGGACCCCUCUCGGGCCUGACGUCCUCGCCCCCGCCCCCAUGGUCCCGGAACCCGGCCCUGCCAACAACAGCACCCCGAACUGGGGGUCGGGGCCGCCGUCAGAGCCGGCGGGCAGCGGCUGGGUGGCGGCCGCGCUGUGCGUGGUCAUCGCGCUGACGGCGACGGCCAACGCGCUGCUGAUCGCGCUCAUCUGCACGCAGCCCGCGCUGCGCAACACGUCCAACUUCUUCCUGGUGUCGCUCUUCGCAUCGGACCUGAUGGUGGGGCUGGUGGUGAUGCCGCCCGCCAUGCUGAACGCGCUGUACGGGCGCUGGGUGCUGGCGCGCGGCCUCUGCCUGCUCUGGGCCGCCUUCGACGUGAUGUGCUGCAGCGCCUCCAUCCUCAACCUCUGCCUCAUCAGCCUGGACCGCUACCUGCUCAUCCUCUCGCCGCUGAGCUACAAGCUGCGCAUGACGCCCCCGCGCGCCCUGGGGCUUGUCCUGGGCGCCUGGAGCCUGGCCGCCCUCGCUUCCUUCCUGCCCCUGCUGCUGGGCUGGCACCAGCUGGGCCGCGUGCGGGCCCCUGCCCCGGGCCAGUGCCGCCUGCUGGCCAGCCUGCCGUUCGUCCUCGUGGCGUCGGGCCUCACUUUCUUCCUGCCCUCGGGCGCCAUCUGCUACACCUACAGCAGGAUCCUGCUGGCCGCCCGCAAGCAGGCCGUGCAGGUGGCCUCCCUCACCACCGCCACGGCGGGCCAGGCCCUGGAGACGCUGCAGGUACCCAGGACCCCACGCCCAGGGAUGGAGUCAGCUGAUAGCAGGCGUCUGGCCACCAAGCACAGCAGGAAGGCCUUGAAGGCCAGUCUGACACUGGGCAUCCUGCUGGGCAUGUUCUUUGUGACCUGGCUGCCCUUCUUUGUGGCCAACAUAGCCCAGGCUGUGUGCGACUGCAUCUCCCCAGACCUCUUCGAUGUCCUCACGUGGCUGGGUUACUGCAACAGCACCAUGAACCCCAUCAUCUACCCACUCUUCAUGCGGGACUUCAAGCGGGCCCUGGGCAGGUUCCUGCCGUGUCCCCAGUGCCCUGGGGAGCGCCAGGCCAGCCUCGCCUCACCCUCUAUGCGAACCUCUCACAGCGGUCCCCGGCCCGGCCUGAGCCUGCAGCACGUUCUAUCGCUGCCUCUGCCACCUGACUCCAGUUCUGACUCAGGCUCAGGUUCCGGCGGCUCCUCGGGCCUGCAGCACACGGCCCAGCCCCUGCUGCCUAGAGAGGCCCCCCGGGAGCCCCCGCCCCCUGCCAGGGCUGCCGUGGUGGUCAGUUUCUUCAACAUUGAUCCUGUGGAGCCCCAGCUGCAGCUGCAUCCCCUUGGUGCUCCCACGAACUGACCCGGGCUUGGAGCCGGUCGGGGGGAGCUGGACUGGAUAGAACCAAGUCCCCAAGGCCUUGGACCAGCUCUUGGCCAAGGCUGGCAGGCUGCAGGUGUCCUGGGGGCCCUCGGAGUGUCAGUGGGGUGCACUGAGCCAGGCCCCACUGCCCCCCCCGGGGGGGGACAGCUGGCUCAGAUAUGGUUUUCUCCAGGACGCCCCACUGCUGAGUGCAACCUGUGGUUGUGUGUGGAGGUGGCUGGAGGACUCUGGCAAAGGGGAAAAGGACUUCUGGGUUCAGGUUAGGGUGAAGACAAUCAUCUUUGACAUUUGAUGAGACUGCAGGGGAGGGAUGCCUCUGUCUGCAGAGGUGGAUGAGUGCUGGGCUGAGUCCCUCAUUCCUCAAAGGGUAGUCCUCAGGCCACCAGCAUUCGUGGCACCU